GCUCUGACGUAGUUACGCACCUCAGACUUCAAACUGAGCAUACUUUCAUUUUCUCCUAUGGUUUUCUCAAGAUUUCUAAGGAACAGAAAGUCAGCACAAACUGCGGAGAAAGAAAACCGACUCACACUCAACUUUUGUGCAAUACUGAAGCUGACAUAGCAACAAUACAAGAACGACAGAGUAUGGCUGGAGAACCUGAAAAGCCGACUGAACUUGGAGAUGAGGAAGGGGAGCUGGUGGGAGACCAAACAGACGCCAAACCUGACCGCAGAGGGAGAUUUCUACUGUUUGGUAAGAAGAAUAAGGAUGGCCAGACGCGGGAGCAGGACUACUCUUCUGAAAGCCAUUACAGAAUUGUUUCACCAACAUUCCAGUAUAAGAUGAGCCACCAGCGAGUGGGAAAGUGCAUCAUCAUCAAUAACAAAAACUUUGAUGAAAAGACAGGGAUGAAUGUACGCAAUGGCACAGACCGAGAUGCGGGAGAGCUGUUCAAGUGCUUCAAGAGCCUGGGCUUUGACGUCUACAUCUACAAUGAUCAGACGUGUGAGAAGAUGGAGCGUCUUCUCAGAGAGGCCUCGGAGGAAGACCAUAGUGACAGCUCGUGUUUCGCCUGUAUCCUGCUAAGCCACGGCGAGGAAGGCAUGAUCUACGGCACAGAUGGAGCCAUGCCCAUCAAGUCCAUGACCUCGCUGUUCAGGGGGGACAUGUGCAAAAGCUUAGUCGGAAAGCCCAAACUCUUCUUCAUCCAGGCUUGUCGGGGUUCUGAAUUUGAUGAUGGUAUACAGACAGAUUCGGGUCCGCCGAACGAUACCCUGGAGACGGAUGCUAAUCCAAGACAUAAGAUCCCUGUAGAGGCAGAUUUCCUCUUUGCCUACUCCACUGUGCCAGGGUAUUACUCAUGGAGGAACCCUGGACGCGGCUCCUGGUUUGUCCAGGCGCUCUGCAAUGUCCUCAACGAGUUUGGCAAGCAGCUGGAAAUAAUGCAGAUCCUGACACGUGUCAACUACAUGGUGGCCACCAGCUUUGAGUCCUGGUCUGAAGACCCACGCUUCAGUGAGAAGAAGCAGAUUCCUUGCGUGGUCUCUAUGCUGACGAAAGAACUGUAUUUUAACUGACCGCCACUCUAACCGACUGGACUAUAUGACACUACGGACUGACUGAUUGACCGACUAGACUGACCAGACUGACUGUUUCAGGCACCGACUUAGCGGUCAAAGCAUUCAGGGAUGAUUCAGGCCCAGCAGGACACUGCACAUUUGGAGCACGUAUGACAUUUUGCACGUGUAGCUGGGCCUGAAAAUGAGCACUCCGUGAGAAAAGACAAAUAUUUACAGUGACACUCCGCGUUCAUGUGUUGAUGGUGAAACUUCUUCUUCAGGUUAUUCUUCAGAAUAACGGCGUCACAUUGAUCUGAUCUUUGUCGACAGGCAUUGUGAAAUAUCCAUGUUAUUCUACCAGCCCGGGAAAUUUGCUGCCAGUUUUUCGUGGGUUUGGGGAAUCAUAUCUGAAUAUGUGUUUCACCAUUUUCCAGCAUUUGGAACAGAUGUUGAAAGGAACUGUACCUAGUGGACAGGACUCUUCAAGGCCAAGCUUGCAUUCAUUGCCUAGAUCAGGGUUUCUGAUUAACUGAAAUAAUUAACAUUUGGAGUUCUGAGAGAAAUCUCUUCAGAAACAGAUCAUGAACCUGUCUAAGGCAGUCCUAUGUCCUUUGUACAGUGUACAAUACUAUUAACAACUAUUAACUAAAAUUAAAUUGGAAAACAAGGGACAGUUGAAUGUUUUAAAUGAAUCAUUUGACAUUUGGAAAAAUAUGCUUAUUCCCUUUCUUGCAUAGAGUUCGAUAAGAUCGAUGCCACUCUAAUGUCUGUACAGUAAUGAAUCUGUAUCUGUACAGAUAUGAAUCUAAAGCCAGCAGCUCAUUAGCUUAGCUUAGCAUAAAGGCUGGAAACAAGGGAAAACAGCU